AUGGCAAGCUUUUCUGAUCGUGGACUGCGCCGAUUAGCCAAAAUCCAUCGCAUAACAUUUUUGCCGCAGCUUUCUUCGACCAACUGGCCGUCUGCGCACAGACAAACCUUUGAAAAUAUUCAAAAGAUCGGCCGGCAGGAAUUUGAGCGCUUCUGCUCCCCUAUCGAUAUUCAUUCGGGGGAACAACCUUGGAAGGGUCAGCUAAAGCAUCGAGCGGAAUGGCUAACUAAGGCGGCUGCUCGCCUUUUCAAACAGGACCGCAAUGAGGCUGAUUGGAGGUUCCAUAUCGAGAACGAUGUGUUCCUAAGCCCCAAAUGUCGGGCUAGAAUUUGGCGCUCCGAGAUCGAGGUCUCUUUCGCCCGAGACGACUGUAUCGCGGAUGAGCUAAAGCUGCGAAAGAAAAAUCGCGUACCAUGCCAUUGUCCCCCCGCAGAUCGGGCACACGAUUUCUAUGAAGUCGGCCUGAACCCUCUAUUCAACGACAGAGUUCAGAAAGAGAUAAAACACGAUCCUUCUUCGUCGCAUAUCCUUCCUAGGCAGGCGCCAGAUAGAAUUUUUGGCCUACAACAAACUAGAAACCUGGAGAAUCUACUUUCUCAACCCUUGGCAACAGGCUCGGCAGAUAAUACCACAACCGCCACGGUUGGGAACUCGUUAAGAACCAGUCCGUUCAAAGAUGAAGAAGAUCCAUUGAUCUUCCCUUUUCUUAUUGUGGAAGCCAAGUCCGAAAAAAGCACAAGCGGGUUUGAUGCUAUACAAGCUCAAACGGCAUUUCCAAUAUGGGCUUUGCUAAAUCUUCAGAAGAACUUGCGAGACAGAGUGAAGACUACUAAGACUCAAUUACAUCCAUUUGUUUGGUUCCUUGCAAAUAGGGGAGACUGUUGGCGGGUGUACGGCUGCUUCAUCACCGACAGCCACCCGGUCAAAUAUGAUGUUGUCCAUUUAUGGGACGGAUCUCUACUCUCUCAAGAUAGCACGCUGCAGCUACUCAUGAUUGUUGACUAUAUCUUCGACUGGGCAAGAGAUCUCUAUCGUCCCUCAAUACUAAGACAUUUGAAGUCUGUAGGCACAGGGGAAGACUAUGAUACAGUCAGUCUGGCUAAAGAGACCAACAUCUUCUCUGCACACAGUCGUAUCAACGACUGGGUUCCACGCCCUCCAAGCGACAUCCUUGGAGUCUACCCCGAAUUCAAAAAGACAAGUUCAGUUCCAAUGACAGAUCAUCACAAUCUUUCGCAUAUCGGUUCUACUGAGUCAAAUCUCAUUUUACGCCGCUCCGCACUUACGUACCGCUCCCGGUUCGUCGGCUUAUGUCUUACUAAGCAAAAUCUGGAGGGAUUCUUCAAGUGUGUCCAGAUCGCAUCAAGUGUGGAUGAUUCAGUGAGUGCCGCAGCAGAGCUACUCAGGCUUCUGUUCGCGCAUGUUUCUGAAGCGAUACGAUUUACCAGGGAAGAGCUCAUAACUUGGGAAGGCAUCUGGUCUGGGGAUGACAGUACCGAUGAUGCGUCCGAGUCUUGCUCUUGGAACGAAUCUUUCCAUGUACUCUUCUCAUUCGCAACGUUCAUCAACAACUCAUGGGAUAUUGUCCAUGAAUUGACUUAUCUGGCGGUAGCAGAUGAUGCAUUAGAUCAGUUGAACGAACACGCUGACUAUCCGUUGACGGAAACAGAGAUUGAUUCGGUCAAACUGGCUUCCAGACCAUGUGAAGAUGAAGAUUUGAUCGAAGCUCUUGAUUGCCUUCAGACUCCCUCGCCGGCACAGUUGCUGUUAGCCGCUAUCUCAUGUACGUCCUUCUCGCCAUUCUCCAGAGCAGAACAAGAGCAAAGAUGUACAAUGGGCUCAAUUGGGAUCGGGGUAUCCAAUGCCGGAAACCUCAGGCGUUCACUUCUACGAAACUUGGUCCAGAAGUACCACAAGCUUCAGGCUCCGAAAGACGCCCAACCGUGUCUCGAUAGCGAGAUCCAGACGAAUCUUUCAUUCGCACAUUCGAAUAUAUUCAACAUCACAAUCCAUACCGAACAGGCCACCAACAACUAUUUUGUACCAUGUGCCGGCCUCAACGCCGAGAACAGCGCAAAACAAAUGGCGAAGAAGACUUCCCAUGGGCGAAUCCAUGGGCUAGUCAGGUCGAAAUAUCAGAUCAAGGCAUGGUUCUAG